AUGUUUUACGUUUUCUACGUGAACGAGGGUUCUCUACAAGCUUUAGAAGUAUCUGUUGCACUUGGCUCAGUUCAUAAACUACAAUGUGUUAUAGAAGAAAUAACUCGGGUGCCCGUUGCAGAACAGAUAGCGAUAACGCUAUUCUCAAUAGAACGAAAUGCUUCAAAUCACUCAGUUUUGCAGGCUUUGCUUGUUUCUGGAGGAGAAGGGUUGCAGUCGGAAAAGCAGGUGUCACAUUAUCAGGGAGCUGGUACGGAAUCAAAUCCACUGUUCCUGUUCCGUAAAUUAUACAAAGAAGAUAGUCAGUGUACGGAACUGACAAAUAGUGAUGAAUUGUGUACAUUAUGCGCAGGUUUGUAUGAUGAACUACAUGUUCUUGAUAGCUCAACAAUAUCAAGACCGCUAAUUACGCGCUACUGUGAUGCUGGGCACCUAGGAUUAAAAGUUGCUGAAAGAAGCUUGCAGCUUUGUGCACGUUUAGUUCAAGAUCAUCAACUUUUGCAUCAGGGAUGGUUAGCACUAAUAUCCAAUCUUUAUGAUUCACGAGCUCAAAUUGAGAAGAAAUCUGAGCGUUUCCUAUCUCGCUACGAGCGUUUGAAAACAAUGAAAAUUAAAGCUGAGACCUUAUUACAGGAUUUCGAUAACGUGCUUCGUACUUUGCAACAAAUCAAAAUUCCCUCAGCUUUAUUGUCAAAUUCAUACAAAUUGCAAGGAUCGUCGAAGGCUACUGAAGAAUGCACACUGUAUGAGUAUAUUGCUCGUGCCGAUCCACAAAAUUCAUUGGAAGAAAUGUCAGAGCAAGUUAAUAUACUUCUGUCUAAGACGAGCGAUACCGAAUAUAAACAGGUGGUAUCUAAUAUGAGGUAUGUCAGUGAGAAAGUUAGUAAUCCUGAAAUGCGUAAUAUUCGUGGUAUAAAUACUCGCCUUACGCAGUUGGAUGCAAUGUUUCACAAUAAAGAACAAGAAACGAAAGUGCUGAAGGAUUUAUGUUUUGCUGUAUCGCAACCGGUUGUUGAUUCUCAGUCUACCAGAGUAAAGUUUUGCUUUUUAUUGAUUAUCAAAUUAUCUCCUCAAGAAGAUAUUGUGUUGAAUCAGCGGGAAAAAAUGUUAGAAGUUAGAAAGCUAAUUGAACAGAUACAGAAAAUGGGGAAAGCUUUUCAGCAAUCCAAAAUCGAGUUAUUAAACAAUAUUAGAACGAGACUUCGUGGAUGGAUAUUGCAGGUCUAUGAUAGAUUGCAUGCCACAAACAAUCAGAUAAUUUUAUUUGAAGAAAAAUAUAUUGCUUUACGGAACCGACUUGAUAUCAUUCGGCAAGUGAAGGAGAGUCCAACAAUGUUUGCCACGGCACUCACCGAAUGUCUUCGCCGAAGUGUAUUGCAGCCAGAAUUUGAGUCGUGGUUUGCUUCAUUCAUGGAAAAAAGUGUUGCUUUGGUCACGGAAGAAACAUCCGUACGCGAAGUAUUCAAACAAAAAUUAGGGCGACAUUUUUUAAAACAGUUGUUUCCGGGCAUGUUCGAUAAUUUUCCGAACUUUGCUCCCAGUGGCUUGACACAUUUCGACAAAAACUUACCUCCUGUAGCUCCAGUGGAUCUGAGAACUCUGAGACAGGCCGUUCCGUGUUUAGCAAAUUUGCUAAGAGUGACAGAUCCCUUUAUUUAUCAGCGACUUUCUGUAAGAGAUCCACGACUUGUAUCUGGUUCACAAAUGACUCCUCCAGUUUUAAAAAGAGAAGAAUCAUUCUACACUACGGAUGCUACAAUUAACGUUGCAAAUUUGAACAAGAACUUUCCAUCCACACAUUGGUUGAGCGGUGACGAGAAUUUGGAUGCUUUACCUUCAAAUGCAACAAUGCUGGCUAAAUCACCACCUUCACGGUUUGGUUCUACGUUCAGUUUGGACAUGGUCGAAGAAUCUCCUGCAAGGCCACUUAACUCACUUGCAUCCCUUUUUGAUGCCUCACAUAAUGAGACUGCUGAAAGUGAGGUGGAAAUUGAAAGUAAAGCAUUCAUGAGAUUGAGUGUUACAAAAAGUGAACCGAUCGCGAUACCUCAGAACAAUGCAUCCAUACUUCAGGUCGUUGCGCCAUUAAUAGAAGAAGGAAAUUCAGUGAAGCCAAAAUCAGACAAAUCCAGUCAAUUUGGUACACCUGAAGAUCAUAUUAGUUACCAUCAGAGGAUUGCUGAGGUGUUUGAAAGAUCUCAGUCUGGGAGCCUUCUCUGUUUACAAAAUGGGUUGAAAGGACUUUCACAGCAGUUGAUGCACCUGAAACAAGAACUGAUUCUUGCUGAAAAUCAAACUAAAGAAUACUCGGAUGGGGCAUUAAAACGAAUAAACAAUUCGUUAAUUGCGUAUAUUGGAUACAGAAACGCGGUUUCCGCGUCUCAUCAGCCUAUUAAGCCUAUUUAUAAGGAUGCCGCCAUUGAGACUGAAACAAAGGAUAAGCUGAAAGAGUCGUUCUUAAUGAGUGUUGUUGACGAGGUACCGGAAAAAGAUAUUUCUGAACUCCGACAAGUCAUUGAACUUCAGAAGAGGGAAAUUUCACAGCUCCGUGAACAGCAGUUAAGUACAGAAAAUACUGUUGCUAAAAUGGAAAUCGAAAGAAACGAAAUGUACAAAACUUUAGUUAUUGACCACGAGUUGGCACUGGAGCGUAAGAUUUCAUCUCACAAUGAAGAAAUGAAGAGAAAGAAUAAGGAAAUUGAUUCACUGAAAGCAGCGUUACAUAAACUUCGUGAAACCGUUGUUCACCAGAAUGUAGAAAAUACCAAUUCAGUUGCCAAUAGUGAAACCGGAAUUAGUUGCGACAAGGAAUAUGAGAAAAAAUUCAUAACUGCUCACGGAAAUUCUUUGCUUAGCGGAGUACCAAUCGAGACGAAGGAGAAAUAUUCAUUUGGAUCUGAGGUAAUUGAUUCUCAAAAAGGCACUACUGUUAGUUCAGUAUCUAACGACGUAUCCAAAGGAUGUCUCUUGAAGUCUUUUUCUGUUAGUGAUGUAGCCACAAAUAUGGAAUCGUCAAAAGUGAGGACUGAAGGUAGAGAUUCGGAAAAAGAUGAAAACACAGAUGAAGAACUGAAGGCUCAGGCAGAUUCGGAUGAAGAUAUUGCACCAGUUACGGUGAGACCAGCUACUGCUCAAACAGCCAUAUCACUGCGGGAGAUGCGAACAAUGAUUACAGUGCAGGACAUUCACGAAUAUUGUGCUGUCUUAAUUGUUUGGAGCAAGGGUUUAUUUUUAUUUGUGGCUAUGACGAAAGGUUUUGAAAUCUACUACCGGUCAGAUGGUCACAUGGUAGAUGAUUAA